AAUCAAGUGAUAGGUCUUAUCCGGCAAUCCGGUCUGCAUUUGUGAAGUCGCCAUCUUGAAAUUUGUUACUGACGCCGAUUUGCCGUUGUGUAUUCUCUAAUUACGCCACAUUCGUAUCGAUCCCUUACGAAUCGGUACUAGGAUAAAUAGCGCUUUGAAAGAUGAGCGAAAUUAAUCCUAAGAAUUUAAAAGUAGCUGAGCUAAGAGAUGAACUUAAAGCUCGUGGUUUACAAACUGUAGGAAAGAAAGAUGUGCUAGUAAAACGCUUAGAAGCUGCUCUUGCUGGAGAAGAGCCGCCUCCUCAGACUACUAGCGACUUAGACGCAAGUCAAACUGAAGAGGAGACGAGUCUCAGUGAGGAAAAGGCUACCGAAGAUUCAAAAUGUCCUGAACCAGAAACUAAAGAUAUACCUGAACAAGAAUCUGAAAAAGUAGAGGCAGAUCAAAGCGGAGAUAACACAAAAUCAGAAAGUGUACCUGAAGAAGAAGAAGCACCCCAGGCACCAGAACCAGAGCCUGAAGUUCAACCUGAGCCUGAAGUAACUGAACAAAAUGGAGAAGACCAUAUGGAAACAAAUGAAGUUGAUGACAAGCCAGAAGACGAAAAGGAAGAAAAGGAUGAAGAUCAACCUGAAGAUGAUCAGAACAAAAACGAAGGUAAUGACGAGAUUGCUGAAUUUCAAGUUAUGGAUCAAGUUGGAGAAGACGAUGCUACUGAGGUUGAUCAACAUAAAAGAGGAGAAAAAAGAAAACGAUCUAGGUCUAGAUCAAGAUCCAGGGAAAAACAUAGGGAUCGACAUCAUCGAAGAUCUCCAACGCCAAAAGUUGAAAUGGAAUCUGACGAGUGGCUACAAGCCGAGAACUGUCAGUUAGAUAGAUAUAAUUGCGAUUUGAACAUUCGGAUAAGCGAAAAUGGGUUACGAGGAACUCCAAUAUCCGUUGAAGGUUUUGCACUUAUGUGGGCUGGUGUUAGGGGAACAUAUGGGGUUAAUAAAGGCAAAAUUUGCUAUCAAGUCAAAAUUCUGGAUAAUCUGGAUGUUAAGCACAUAACUGAUGAAGAAAACAAGCAUAUCGUUAGAGUUGGUUGGUCGACUGAUUCAUGUUCUCUACAAUUGGGCGAAGAAGAGGCAUCUUAUGGUUAUGAUGGAACAGCUAAGAAAUGCGAAGAUUGUAAAUUUCAUGAUUUUGGUCAUAAUUUUGGCAAGGAUGAUGUCAUCACUACAUAUAUUGACUUUGAUGUGUCACCACCAACGAUUUCAUAUGCCAAGAAUGGCGAUGAUUUAGGAAUAGCCUUUGAGGUGGACGCAAAAAUACUAGAAAAGGAGUCUUUCUUUCCUCACAUUCUGUCAAAAAAUUGUGAAUUUGAAGUUAAUUUUGGUGAAAUUGACGAUCCUUGGUUUCCUGUUAAAGAAGGCUUUACGUUAAUAACCAAAUUGGAUAGAGAAAAUCUUGUUAGAGGCUCACUGCCGCCGGAAAAUAAAGAAAAUUGCGAAAUGAUGAUGAUGUGUGGCUUACCCGGUUCAGGAAAAACAGUCUGGGCAAAAAAUUAUGCGUCCGAGAACAAAGAUAAAAAAUAUAAUUUACUCGGUACUCAUACAAUAAUAGAUAAAAUGAAAGUCAUGGGACUUUCAAGGAAACAAAAUUACACUGGUCGAUGGGAUACUUUAAUAGACAAGUCAACAAAAUGCUUGAACAGAUUAUUGGAAAUUGCCGCUAGAAAAAAGAGGAACUACAUUCUUGAUCAGACGAAUGUAUACGCGUCGGCUCGUAAGCGCAAAAUGAGGCCUUUCGAAGGAUUUCAACGUAAAGCGAUUGUGGUUGUUCCAACUGAUGAGGAUUUUAAGAGUCGUUGCGAAAAACGCGAUAAGGAGGAGAAUAAAGAGAUACCAGAUUCGGCAGUUUUAGAGAUGAAAGCCAAUUUCAGUCUGCCACAAGAUGGCGAUUUAUUUGAAGAAAUUCAAUUCGUGGAAUUAAAUAGAGAAGACGCUCAAAAGUUAAUCGACAGGUAUAACAAAGAAGCCAAGAGUCAACUACCGCCUCCUGAUAGUAGACGCUUUAGAUCCCGUGACAAUAGACGCGACAACCGAUCUGGAAGAGAUCGUCGUGAUUAUAAUAGAAGAGACUUCAAUCGUCAGAAUAGAGAUCGUUAUAGAAAUUUCGAUAGAAGAGGUAGAGAUGAUAGACGAGGAGGCUAUCGAGGAGGAGGUGGUUACGGUGGUGGCGGAGGAGGUCGUGGUGGUUGGGGAUCUCAAGGAGGAUGGGGAGGAGGCGGAGGUGGUGGCAGCGGCGGAGGUAGUGGAGGCUGGCAAAGCGGAGGCUAUGGAGGAGGUUCUCAUUGGGGUGGGGGAGGUCCACAACCUGGAAACUGGGGAAACCAAUGGGGUCCUAACCCUCAGGGCAGCUGGAGUCACCAAGGAGGAAAUUGGGGUAGCAGCGGCGGUAGUGGAGGCGGCGGUGGAGGAGGAGGCCAAUGGAAUCAAGGUGGAUGGAACCAGGGUAGAGGAGGCUGGAGCGGCCAAGGCAACUGGCGCGACGGUCGCCGUUAAACGCUUGUCGGACAAUUUGUUUCGUUUUUGUACGCGUUUGAGCUGAGAGGCUUAUAUUUUUUAUUAUACUGUUGUGACCCCUGUACAUACUUAGGUCUCUGCAUGCCUUUGAUUUAGUUAUAUAUAUAUAUAUAUAGUCCGUCUAGGAGUGAGUAAAUAUGGAAAGUGAAGAAAGGAAACAAACUGGAAUGUUUUAAAGGAAGUUUUUAGUGCAUAUUACGUGUUUCUAUACAAAAUAUAGCGUUUUAUAUUAUCUGUAGCCGAAACCAGCUGGAGGUGAAACAUGCACAAUUAGUUGUGUUAUUUCUUCAUUUUCGUUACUUAUUCUUUGACUUUGAUUUUGAUGUAUGUUUGCUUUUUUUCAACAAGAUGUCUUGUUUAAAUUAACAUUAGGAACAGAUCUCAAACGCCAGUUUGUCAGUUCAUAAAAAAUUUCCCUUCCAUUGAUAGGGAAUUAUUUAUCAAGUUAUACAAAAGUAUCAUAUACUUUGUAUAUAUAUAUAUAUCAAUUGAGAGAGAGAGAGAGAGCUAAAAAUAACUAACUACUUUUUUGAUUGUUUCCAAGUCAAAGUCUAGUAGUAAAGGAAAAUUUUGUGUUAUUUUCUCAUUGAGAAUAUAUAACAGUAAAUAUUACCUUAUGAGGAUUUCAAUAUAUUAACUCUUAACAAAAUUUUUGAUAAAAGAUUAAAUUUAUUAAACGAGAAUGUUAAUUUUUAUGAUAUUUAAACUCUGUCCUACUUGAUUCUUGAACCACUCCAAUUGUUCGAAUUAUCACUAACCGUGUAGAAGAAUCUUUCGGAACAUUUGUCCGGACCGUAGUCGAUUAAAACUCUCCUAGUUCUGUUACAUUCCUCGCAACAUGUUUUCAUAUCGUACUUUCUUCGACCAUAGGUUUGAACGCAAUCGAAACAUCCGAGUACGCAAGUCCACUCUGCUUUAUCAGGACUGCAAAAAUGCUGCUCUGCUGUAGCGAAUAAAAGAAAGAGCAAGAAGCAGCAUACAAUGACUGUUCGAACAUUCAUAGUUGAAUGAAGUCACUUAGGGGCGUCUCCAACGACUUUUACUUAGG